AUGGCGUCUCCCUUCAGCGGGGUGCUGCAGCUGACGGACCUGGACGAUUACAUCGGGCCCUCCCAGGAAUGUAUCAAACCUGUAAAAGUGGAAAAAAAGCCUGGAAAAGCAGCAGCUAAGAUCAGAAUUGAAGCAGAUGGAAGCUAUUUUCAGAUCAAUCAGGAUGGAGGAGCACAAAAACUGGAAAAGGCUAAAAUUACUCUGAAUGACUGUUUAGCUUGUAGUGGCUGCAUUACAUCAGCAGAGAGUGUUUUAAUCACUCAACAGAGCCACGAAGAGCUCUGCAAAAUGCUGACUUUUAACAAGACUGCCGCUCCCAAUGAACAGAAAUUGGUGGUGGUUUCUGUUUCACCACAAUCCAGAGCUUCACUAGCUGCAAGAUGUAAAAUGGGUGUUCUGGAAACAGCAAAGAAGUUGACCGCAUUCUUAAAGAGUUUAGGUGUGCACUAUGUUUUUGAUACAACUUUCUCAAGAAACUUCAGCCUGUUGGAGAGCCAACAAGAGUUUGUAAAACGCUUUCGAAAGCAAUCUGAAGACAAAAAGGCUUUGCCAAUGUUAGCUUCUGCCUGUCCAGGUUGGAUCUGCUAUGCAGAGAAAACCCACGGCAGUUUCAUCAUUCCUUAUAUCAGUACCACCAAGUCUCCGCAGCAGGUCAUGGGCUCCUUGAUCAAGGGCCAUUUUGCAGAACAGCAGCACUUAACACCUGACCAGAUAUACCAUGUAACAGUGAUGCCCUGUUACGACAAAAAGCUAGAGGCUUCAAGGCCAGACUUUUUCAACCAAGAGUACCAAACUCGUGAUGUGGACUGUGUAAUCACCACAGGAGAAGUGCUUAAGUUGUUGGAACAAGAAGGAGUAUCUCUAUCAGAUGUAGAUCCUGCUCCGUUGGAUACCAUGUUCAGUAGUGCGGCAGAAGAGGAGCUCACUAGCCACUCUGGGGGUGGUUCUGGUGGCUAUUUGGAGCACAUAUACAAGUACGCAGCCAAGGAGCUCUUUGGAAUUCAAGUGGAUACAAUUCAGUACAAACCUUUAAAAAACAAGGACUUCCAGGAGGUGACACUGGAGAAGGAUGGAGCGGUCCUGCUCCAGUUUGCUUUGGCAUAUGGGUUUCGAAACAUACAGAACUUGGUGCAAAAGCUGAAACGAGGGAAAUCGCCCUAUCACUAUGUUGAAGUCAUGGCCUGCCCAUCAGGCUGUUUAAAUGGAGGCGGUCAGAUCAAACUAGAUGGUGAAUCCAGCAAGGACCAGCUUCAGCAAGUUGAGAGGUUGUAUGAGUCUCUUAAGACUGAAAUUCCAGAGAAGAACCGGACUGUAAAUGAACUGUACGAGCAGUGGCUGGGUGGCGUGGAGUCAGAAAAGGCUGCGAAAGCUUUGCAUACGGAGUACCACGCAGUGGAGAAAACAAGCACUGGAUUUAACAUCAAAUGGUGAAGAGUGAUGCUGUGAAGCCCGACGCUGUGAAGCCCAGAUACAGAUAAUCAGUGCCUUUUUAACUUAAUCAUAUUUAAGAUUCUCAAAAGACAGCUAAAGUUCUGUGCCGUCACUGGGAAUUUGCAAUUUCUGACUCUCGUUAGGGAUGAGAAGGUAAUGUGCGUGUAGGCAGGCAAUACUAAUUCCUACAGCUUUAUAAUUAUUGAAGUGAUGUAAAUAAAACCCAAACGCUGACUUUAAAGCACACGUCAAAAGAAGCAGUAAUGCAUCCUAGCCUCUACUCAGUCUUUAAGGACCAAAUCUGCACUUCCUUUACAACCCCAUUCCUACCAGAAGUGACGAAUUCAAGGUACCGAAGGAUGUGGCUUGCAGCAGACUGUAGCCUCACCGAGAUGAGCUUUAUGCUACGUGACAGUAUUACUCGUCCAGGCCUUGCUGUGUUUUCACAGCACUGAGUUUCAUGGCUGUCUCUGUUGGGACAUCCUCAUUUAGUUAUAAAUGGUCGCAGUAGACCCUGGGUUCUGUUCUUCCCUUUCAGUGCCCCUGCCUGGCUGCCCCUGAGGUCCAGCUGCAGGAUCUUGGCCCUGUGCGAGGGGGUGGGUACCAGCAGGCUGGGAUCACGCGAGAGGCGUCGUCUCUAGGGCUGGUUUGCUGCCCGCUGAAAUGUGACUUGAAUGAAUGUUUAAGAAGAAAAGGCUAGAGUGAUUUUUCUUUUUUGCUUUACUUAUAACAAUCGUCUCUAACUGUGGGCAAUUACAUCUCUCUCUCCCCCCCCCAAAUACACAGUAGAGAGAGUGACAGAACUGUCACAUCUACCCCAUCCUCAACAGCCACUUACUGAGGGGUAAUAUCCUUAAAUUCAGAGAAAACAAUUUUUUACAGUGUUCCAAGUAAGAAUUUAUUGCCAGCUUUCUUUCCAACGAAGGACAAAGUCCUUGGUGUCUCUGAAAGGUGUUACUUUCCAAAAGUUAAUAGAAGGCGGCUGUGAGAUGUAAUCAUUACAACAAGUAGUUUACCAGAACAAUCCGAGAGGUUAGUGAAAACACAUCUGGUUUAAUGCAGCGUGUUACGAUGCCUUGCCAGAAGGCAGAUGGAUGCGAAACAGAUUUGGUCUUUAGUUACUGGAGAUAGCGUGUGCCUGUCUUGCUGUCUGUACUUUUACAUACAGGUAUUUUCAGAACUAUUCACAGAAAAACAAGGGAAUGAAUAACUCUGUUUUGGUCUGUUUAAUCUGAAUAGCAGUUUUUCUGGAGUUACAGUGCGUAUGGGGAGGGGAAGGCAGUAGUGGGAGGAUUUGCAGCCGUACCUGACCUCGAGGGGAAGGGACGCUGGCAGAUGUGGAAUCUCUCCUUGUGACGGCUGUAGCUGCAAGUGAAUAUGAACUUAAGAAUCGCAUUAUUGAAUCACUUCAAUAUUUCUCCUUUUUCCAGUUACUGCUAUGUGAGGAAGAAGGACUGUGCAGAAAGUAGAGUUAAGUGGAUGAAAACUGAAAACAAAGCUGCCACAUUGCUUUGUUCCUUCAGAGUAAAUACAAACAGAUGGAGCUGGUUACUGCAUCUAGCCCAGACUGAAACCUGGCCCGGACCCUCGUCAAAGAUAACCCUCACCCAGUUACUGCUCACCUUGAGCUUAGGGCUGUCAAAAAGCAAAGCUGUCAGACCUUGACCUGCCUCUUGUAACGGCUUCUCUGGCAGUACUUGCCUGUGUCCUUCUCAAAGCCUCCUCCCAUGUUUAUUAAAAGUAAGCCAACAGUGUAAAAGACUUUUUUUUUAAUGUUUUUAAUUAAAAGCUUUCCAUUUUUCA